AUGCUGCUUUGGUCGAUGGUCUUCUUCCUGGGCGCCGUACGACGACUCCCGAUUCCGCCGCUGCUGCCGGGCUGGCGGGGCGGCGCCGCCCGCAUGGCAGCCAGCAGGCCGCGGCCGCCGGACAGCUCGCUCGAGCAGCUCACCGUCAAACAACUAAAGGAACGCUGCUCUCAGCACGGGCUGCCCGUCAGCGGGGUGAAGGCUGCGCUAAUCAAGCGACUUCGUGCUAGUGGUGGAGCGCCGGAUGAGAAGGUAGCCGCUGCGGCGGGCAGUGGUGGCGGCGGCGGCGGCAGCAGAGGCAGCGGCAGCAGAGGCGGCGGCAGCAGAGGCGGCGGCAGCAGAGGCGGCGGCGGAGACUUGCCUGGACGGACGCUGAUGGUCGUCGAGUCGCCGGCGAAGAUUGCGACGCUGUCCAAGUUUGUGGGCCCCGAGUACGAGCUCCUCGCCUGCAGUGGCCACGUCCGCGCGCUCCCGUCGAAGCCGGGGUCCGUGGCGCCGGACCGCGGGUUUGAGAUGGUCUUUGAGCAGGCGCCGAGCAAAGGGCGGGUGGUGCAGGCGCUGGUGCAGGCGGCGAGGCGGAGCAGCGCGGUCGUACUGGCCACUGACCCCGACCGCGAGGGCGAGGCCAUCGCGUGGCACGUCGCGCAACUGCUCGCCGAGAAGGGGGCACUGUCGGCCGGCCAGCCCGUCCGCCGCAUCUCCUUUGGCGAGAUCACAAAGUCGGCCGUCCUCGACGCCAUCGGCGCGCCGCGCGAGAUCGACAUGCCGCUCGUGCGCGCCCAGCAGGCGCGGCAGGCGGUCGACUACCUCGUCGGCUUCAACCUCUCGCCCAUCCUGUGGCGGAAGCUGCCCGGUUGCCGCUCGGCCGGCCGCGUGCAGAGCGUGGCGCUGCGGCUGCUCGCCGAGAGGGAGGAGGAGGCGCGCUUCUCGCCGGCGGAAGACUGGCUGCCAGCCGAGCCGCGACGCUUCGUCGACCGCAAGCGGAAGAAUGCGCAGGAGGCGCACGAGGCGAUACGGCCGGUCGACUUUGGGGUCGAGCCGAGCUCGCUCGAGGGUCUGCUGCCUCCGAAGGAGGCGCAGCUGUACGAGCUCAUCUGGCGGCGCGCCGUCGCGUCGCAGAUGGCCCUCGCCGCAGCCCGGGCGUCGCGCCGCGUCUUUGAGGGCUUCGAGGCGGUGCUCCGCCCGGCCGGCGGGGCGGGCGGCGCGGGCGGCGCAGAGGGAGGGGAGGGCGCGGGCGACGACGACGGGGCGAAGGGUGCGGCGGGCGAGGCGGUGGACGAGGUGGACGAGGCGGGCGGCGGCGCGGCGGCGGGCGGCGCGGCGGCGAGGGCGGCUGCGGCGAGGGCGGCUGCCGAGGCCAAGGCUGCGGCGGGGGACGAGCUGUGUCUGGUGCGCGCGCAGCCGUCGCAGCACUUCACCGCGCCGCCGCCGCGGUACUCCGAGGGCGGGCUCGUCAAGAGGCUCGAGCAGCUUGGGAUCGGGCGGCCGUCGACCUACGCCGUCAUCCUCAAGCUGUUGCAGGACCGGGGGCAUGCCCAUCUCUCCCCACGUCUCCCCACGUCUCCCCACCUCUCCCUCGAGCUGCUGCAGGACCGGGGGUAUGCCGAGCUCGUCUCGCGCUCUCUCCGCCCUCUGCCGCUCGGCCAGAUGCUGACGGCUCUCCUCACCUCCCAGCUGGAGCGGUACGUCGGCUACGAGUACACCGCCUCCCUCGAGGCCAAGCUCGACGCCAUCUCGGCGUCUGACCUCGACUCGGCCGCCUUCUUGUCCGAGUGGUGGGCCGAGUUCCACCCCGCCGUCGACGAGGUGAUGCAGGCAGACACGCAGGCGCUCCGCGAGACGGUCGUCGAGUCGCUGGCUUGGCUCCUUUUCCCGGGGGAGGAGGCCCCUGCGGACACCGCGACGGGCGAGGCGGGCAGCGAGGGGGGCGGCGAGGGGGGCGAGGGGGGCGAGGGGGGCGGCAGCUCCGCCGACGGGCGGCGCGCCUGCCCGCGCUGCCCCGACGGCCGGCUGCAGAUCAAGUUCUCGCGCUCAGUCCCAUUUGUCGGCUGCUCGUCCUACCCGGCCUGCUCGUACACGCGCCCGUUCGGCCGCGGCGCCGGCGAGGCUGGCGGGGAGCUGAUAGAGGCCAGCCGCGAGCUCGGGCGCGACGCGGAGACCGGCCUCGAGGUGUCGCUGCGCCGGGGCCCCUUUGGGCCGUACGUGCAGCUCGGCGGCAGCGCGGCGGCCGCCGCCGAGAAGACGGCGUUGCCAGACGUGGCCAAGCUCAAGGCGCGCGGGAUGCCAUCCUCGGGGCGAAAGGCGGAGCUGGUGCCGCGCCUCCUCGAGGCGCCCGACUUGCGCGAGAGGGCGGUGGACCUCGAGACGGCGCUGCGGCUGCUCUCGCUCCCCGCGUACUUGGGCGACCACCCGCGGCGGGGCGGCGCGAUGCGGGUCGGGUACGGCCGCUUCGGAGGGUACGUUCGCCUCGACGGAGACGGGGCCAAGGACGAGCCCGUCUUCGCCUCCCUCCCACGCAACCUCACCGUCUUCAACGUGACCGCCGACGAGGCCUCCGCCCUGCUCGACCGCAAGCUGGCGCGGCCUCCGCGGCCGCGGCGAGGGGGCGCCGGCGUGGCAGCAAAGCCGCGCCGGAGGUGA